GCUUUGUAGAAAACGGCUAGUAAAAAGUAAGCCUUGAUUCAGUACUAAUAUUUUUUAGACUGUUGCUGCUUGUGAUUUCUGUAAAUACAAAUGGAGAAAUAUUUCGUCUGCCAUGCAAGAUCUUUGCCAAUUUUACUGCUGUGCUUCAUGAUCAAUCACUUAGUUCUACAUUUCGUUCUUUGGACAACUUGGAUGAGCAGAUGUGUAAGUUUGAAUGCAUCAUGGAGCAUCGAUGCAAGUCUAUAAAUUUAAACAGAGAGCUUGGUAUUUGCCAGUUGAAUAGCAAAUCAGCACAGGAUCCAAAAGAUUUCAUUGAAACGCAAAUAAAGGAGGGUUGGACAUAUUAUUCAACCCGUUUUGAAGAGAAAAAUGUUGGUCAGUAUUGCCAAGCAAAUGAUCCUUGCAGCGCCGGACAUAAAUGCAUUGACACUUGCUACUGCCCAGGGUAUAAAUGCAUUGCAAAGAAUAUUGCCUAUAAGAAGCCAUCUUCCCAUUCAUCAACCCAUACAUAUAACGGAAUAGAACUUGUUGCAAGCUUUGGAAAUGAUGGUGACAGAACGGCAAACUGGCAGAAAUGUAGUUUCACCAGUUAUGAAGAGCAGCCCUGGUGGCAAGUGAAUCUUGAAAAGGUAGCCGCUGUUACACAUGUUCGGAUAACAAAUUCUGUAGCCUGGCCUACACAUGAUAUAAACCCAUUCAAUGUUAGUGUUGGAAAAGAUAGCUGAAACGGCGGAAGAAACAAUGCGCUUUGUGUAAAUGGUGGAAGGUUGGCUAGUGGCGAGAUGAAAACUUUUUAUUGUCCAAAGCUGAUGAUGGGUCGCUACGUGAGUGUGUUUUUGAACAGGAAAGAAUUUCUUCAAGUAUGCGAGCUUGAGGUUUAUGAAGUAGAGAAUUUGGCAUAUAAAAAGCCGUCCUCACAUUCAUCAACUGCCACCAUAAAUAGAAUCACAUUAGUUGCCAGCCUUGGAAAUGACGGUGACAGAAAUGGGGCCUGGCAGCUAUGCAGUAUCACAAAAGCUGACAUAGUACCCUGGUGGCAAGUGGACCUUACAAGGCAAGCUGCUGUUAAAAGUGUCCAAAUAAAGAAUGGCGCAACUUUUGGUCAACAAAAAAUCAAUCCAUUCGAUAUCAGUGUUGGGGAUGAUAGAUCAAAUGGCGGACGAAACAAUGCGCUUUGUGUGAAAGAUGGAAGGUUGGCAAGUGGUGAAUUGAAAAAGUUCGAUUGUCCACAGGUCCUGAUGGGUCGUUACGUCAGUAUCUUUUUGAAUAGGCAAGAAUAUCUCCAAGUAUGCGAGGUUGAGGUUUAUGAAGAUGUAUUCUGAAACAAAGCUUGAUCAAUCUAUAUUUAUUCUCCAAUUUCUGGCAAGCACGAAUGCAUUGGAAGAGAAAUGUAAUAUAUCUGCUACAAUCAGCAAAAGAGGACAUUAAAAAUGCACGAAGAUUUCAUGUUAUAUGUUUGAAUUUUCUGUACCGCAAAGUUUGGAAAUGGCAUGAAAUAUUGGAAACAUAGCAUGCUGAGGUACUUUUCGCCUGACAAUCUUCAGCCAAAUAGACAAUAGUGACAGUUUGCACAAAAUCUUAAAUUGCUGCCAUCGUCUGCCAUGGAAAAUGAGCCAUCGCCUUUUGAUCUAGCUUCUUUCGACAGCAAAAGUUCGCUUUCUCUCUUUGGCCAAACACGGAUUUAAAAAAGGCCUAUUCUUUCUCUUGAGCCACUGUCGAUCCAUACUUGAAUGUAAAUUUUCUGCCUACCAUUGGUCAUUAUCAUUUGAUUAUACUCUGAAGAUUGUCGAACGCAAAUAACUUCAGCAGACUAUGUUACCAGUUUUUCAUGGAAUCUUCAAAAUUUAUCAAGAAGUAACCCUCAUUGUAAUUUAUGUUUUUCUAUCUAUUAAGUACAAAAUUUAUGUUUUUCUAUCAAUUAAGUACAUUAA